UUUUUCUCCAUCAUUAAACAGUCCAGCAGGGUUCAAAAGGUCUGCUGUUGUUUGUUAUUCUUUGUGUUUCUUUUAUAUUGCAUUCCUUCAUCUCCUCUCCUCCUCCUCCUCUUCCCCCUCCUCCUUCUCCUCAAUACCAAAACAUCUCUGUACCGUCCCCCAGCAUCAUUCUGCCGCCAGGUGUCGCAGGGUACGCAUCCUUGUCACUUCCCCUUGCUCUCUGUCACCGCACUGAAAAACAUGAAAACCCUCGUCAUCCUGGUCCUGUUGGUGGUGCACGUCACAGCAACACCUCCUGGAGAAGCAGGUGUCGAGAAACAAGAGAUAAACAUCGCUUCUGCGUCGAGACAUCCUCCUUUUUACGACUAUUAUAAAGUGAGGAGCGGCAUGAUGGACGUGGCGCCUCCUCCUAUCCACGGGGAUUAUGGGAGCAUCAGCAAAGGUGGUGUGGUAUUUGAGGCAGCUUCUGGAUACGAGGGGUAAACAAAAAGGAUGCAGAGGGACAUGAGGACAAUAGAUAACAAUGCCUCGAUGAUGUCGAGAGAGAAAUUAAGCACAGUGUGUGUGCCGCUGCCCGGGGCCUGACAGCCUCAUGCCCGCAGUCCCCCGCCCCGCCCCUCGCAGCACAGUGAUACAUGGUGAUUCCCAGGCAGAGGUGCCAGUGGUCCCGCGCCUACAGUCUGGCAACCGCACUGCAAAGUGGAGUUGCCAUGAACUUCCCUGAGGUGCGGGCCAUGGGAGGCAGCAUGGGGGGCAUGGGGAUGAGUGGCUCGGGACUCCCCACCCACACCCCGACACCCACAGCCUCAGCCACAGAUACAAGCCUCCCCGCAGUGUCCCCACCCAUUGCAUCCCCCCCAGAGGCCACCCCGUACAUGGGUUUCCAGGCCACCUCUGCCCUGUCCUCCCCCCCAGCAGUGUCACACCCCAGUCUGGCCAGUAUGUGGGGGAUUGGCGGCUUCACCACGCCCCCCCUGCCCCCACCGCCUCCCGUCGUCUGCCCCAAUACCAUCGCCUCCACUUUGGGUAUUCCUCAAAUGCCCAACGUCACCUAUUUCAACUCCAGGGCACCCAUGGGCUUCCACUCCAGGAUGGCUGGAGGCCCUAAUGGCAUCCCUUAUGCAUUUAAGCGCAAACCGGAGGAGGAGCCUGAGGAGAUUAGCAAGCCCAUGGCCAAACAGCACAUCAGUGAGGAGAGGAUGACAGCUCACCUCAACUCCCUGCACCUCUCGGACAGCUACUGCAACCACCGCCUUGGCAAGGGAAAGCCAUACAGGAACAGAACAUCAAGCAAGGAUCUGGAUGAUGACGAUGAUGAAGAAGACGAAGGGAUGGGAGGUGAUGGGACGAUGGACUCAGACUUGCAGGGAGCACGCCUCAUUAUUGCUGAUGAGGUGAAGAAAAUCAUACCUGGAGAGGCCAAGCUGCCGGAAUCUAUACUCAAGAAGUUGACAAAGCCUAGCAUGGAGGUGGUGUUGUGGCAGCCUCCCCCCACCAUCCUGGGCACCAUUAUCACCCCAAACAUUGAUGCAAAGAUCAAGGCGUCGGAGGAUGCUGCUGAGAAUGCUGAUCCAUCACCCGCCACCUCCACGCCUUCCUCUAGCUCCACCACAUCCACCUCUCCCUCCACCCCUUCCUCCUCAUCCUCAUCUUUAGCCUCCACCACAUGUACAUCCUCCUCUUCCUCUGCAUCUUCCUCCUCCUCCUCCAGCAGCUCACCUGACUCUGGGAUAUCCAUUUCCUCACCCCCUCCUGCUCUCUCCUUCCUGGGACGUAAUUCUGUCACCUCCCUUACUCCCUCCACCUCUGCUGCUGGCGGAGCAACCUCAGAGCUUGGACUGGAUCUCCUCUCCCUGCCCUCCACCUCCUCAGGCUCCAGAGGCAGUGGUUUUCCUCCUCCCCCACUGAGAAGGCCUGCCAGCCCCCUCCCGGAUCCCAUGGUGGAGGAUGAUUUCUCCGAGAGGAUGGAGUUCAAUAAUAAUAAUGGGAAUGCACCAAACUUCAUGUGGCUUGAGGAGAACAACAACACAGCUCUCAUUGACCUUAACGCUGUGGAACCUCAGCGAGCUGCUGCUGCCGCUGCAGUUGCCCCCCAGCCGCCACUCCCUGAGGACCUGCCUGAUUUCCCUGAUUAUGAUGAUAUGGAUCUAUAACACUGCCGCCACCACUGCUGCCGACUCUGCCUCCUGCCUGCAUCUCUUUUUAGUGGCAGAUGAGUGAGAGCAUGAGAAACACACACACACACACACACACACACACACACACACACACACACACACACACAUUUGGGAAAGUAUUAUUUGAAGAUGGUUUUUAUUAUCUGUGUUUUCAUUACUUUUGCCAUUGCAUUCAGCUCCUCCUUGCAGCAUUGAGUGUAUCACAAGUCAUGUGCGUCACCCUCUGCAGGAUUACCCCAAACACAUUCCCUCAAUUAAAUCGUGGGGCUGCUAUUGUAUAUUGAUAAGGCUCUAAUAGGUACCUUAUAUUCUUAAUCUACCUCUAUCUAUCUACAUACUUGACUGGCAGUCCUAUACAUGGUGGCCCAGACAAAGUACCACACACACACACACACACACACACACACACACACACACACACACACACACACACACACACACACACACACACACACACACACACACACACACACACACACACACACACA